CAUCGCAAUCUCCGAGCGAGGGAACGACUCGUCAGGCACGCGGGCCGGGGAGGGCAGGAGCCCCUCGGAGUCCAUCUCCCGAGCAAGGAGGCUGCCGGCAGGGCCGGCGGCGGGUGGGUCUGUCAGGGAGCUCCCUUUUGCAGCUGCUGUUGCCGCUCUUCGCCACAGCCUCCGCACCUGCCGCUGCAAAGCUACAGAGACAUUGGCGAGAGCGCGCCCUCUGGAGGGGGAGGCGGCGGCGGUGGCUGGGGAGCCAUGGGCAGCCGAGAGCGCCGGGGCACCCCCGGGCAGGCGCCGACCCUCGAAAGGCAUGUGUGAGCCGUGCCGUCCCGCAAAUGGCUCUCUGCGCGGAGGCGUCGGGGACGGCGGUUGCCGCCCAGAGGUGUGAGGCUGCCUUGCGCCUGCGGGGCUGGUUUGCGGCAGGCGCUUGCCCGCGUCGCCGGCGCCUGCUAUGCCCUGAUCGAAGCAGCGCGGAGGCAGCGGCCGGUCGAGGGCCCCGCUCCAAAGCUGCCAUGCUCCUUGGGGUACUGUUCGUGCUUUGCCAGCGUGUCCAAGCGCAGCAAGGUACUGAACAACAGCAGAUAAAUGUUGCCCCUUCUUCAGAGUCUUUAACCAACUGGAGAGCUAUAUUAUCACCAACAUGGCCUUCUAGAGAACUUGUGUCUUCCUCAGUGGGUGACAUUUCCAUGAGACAAGCUUUGGAGAGUGCAAAUCUGCUUCAGAUAAUAAAAAGCACACUGGCAGGGACACGGACCAGAACUGUUGACCACACAAAAUUUUUACCAAGCUUGUUUCAAGGGAGUGGCAACAGUGCAUCCCAGGAACAUUCUGAGUUAUCAGCUGAAUCAUCAGCAAAGUCUCAAGAUGCUGAAGAAAUGACUAUUGUACCAGUGUUACCGUCUGUGUCUCCUGGUGUAAUACCAUCUGUAGCAACUUCAGAAGCAACACCAGUUACAGGAAAAUCAGCUCCAACAUCACCAAUGCUGACUUCAUCCUUGUCCUCACUGAGUACUGAAAAUUCACCAUCUGUGAUGGCAUUAAGCACGUUAAUAUCAACACUAGCAAAAAAUAACACUGCCACAAAAAUGGCACCAACUUUAAGCCCAGUAGUGACACAUGCAGCCUUUACAGUUUUAUCAAGAGGCAAGUCUACAACAUCCAUGGACACCACGAGUUCAUUUUCAAUUACAAAAGCUAGUACAGUUUCAGAUCCCACAACACAUGCACCAAGACAUACUGAAACAACAGUACCUAACACCAAGAAACCCACAAAUUCAGACAUCACUAAAACAUCAACUGCAUACCCACUGACAAUUACAGCAGCUUUGACAUCUAUUACAGCAUCAGCGAAAACAGCUAGACUUCUCCCUACACCUGGUGAAAAAACUUCUGUUGCUGUUACUACACCAGUGUCAACUUUUGGUAAUGUGACAACAGUUCUUCCUUUGGAAUGCCAGCUUUCCAGAAACCUUCUGGUCAAGACAGUUUUGCUUCUGAAUACAAGAAGGCUACUGUUGAAUGACUCCCUGAAACAGAAUGUCACAAAAGGUCUCACCCAAGCGUUGCGACAGGCUUUCAAUCGAAAUGUCAAUGCUCAAGUUGAAAUCCUGGAACAAUCAAACAAUGUGACAGUUGGUUACUAUGUAACUCAAGAGACACUGGUUUUUAUACCUGCUGCCGUUAUUGAAAUGCUUAUUGCUUAUGGAGUUAGUAAUGCCACUUCGGAUAUUAAACAACACAUGCCAAAUCUCCAUUCUGUUGCUGUAUUAGCCUUGCCAUGGGAAUCACUGCCAGCCUACCACUUCCAGCUAAAAACAGAACUGCAGUUUGUGAGUCAGUCAGACAACAUACAGUCGUGCAGAUUUGUUCAGACAAUGGAACAAAGGCUACAAAAAGCAUUUCUGGAUGCUGAAAGAAAAGUGUUGAACACCAGCAACAAAUUAACUGUUCAGAUUCUGUACACAUCUAAUGUCUCUCAGGCUGUCACUCUGUUUUAUGUGGUAAGAAAUGAAAGCACAAUCCUAAAUGGCACCAUAUCAAGCCAUCUGCUUAAUCAUCUUUCAGCAGAACUGGUGGGAUUCUAUCUUACCUACCCACCACUCACCAUUGCUGAAGCUUUGGAAUAUCCAAACCUUGAUAUUUCAGAAACAACCAGAGAAUAUUGGAUUGUUACAGUUAUACAGGGAGUUGAAAUCACUUUGCUGGGGCUGAAUAAUCAGAGUUUUGCCAGACUAAUGGAGCAGCGUUUAGCCCCACUAUUCAUGAUGUCCCAUCAACAAGGAAGACGGUUUAAACGGGCCACUACAGUUGGCAGCUACACUGUGCAGAUGGUAAAAAUGCAGCGAAUUCCAGGUCCCAAGGAGCCUGCUGAAUUGACUUAUUAUACUUUAUACAAUGGAAAACCUUUGCUGGGCACAACAGCCGCCAAAAUUCUGACCACUGUUGAUUCACAAAGGAUGGCCUUGACACUGGGAUAUGUUGUUCAAGUACAAGCUGAUCCUGUGGUGAAAAAUCCACCCAACAAUUUGUGGAUAAUUGCAGCAGUAUUGGCUCCCAUUGCUGUGGUUACAGUAAUCAUCAUCAUCAUCACAGCUGUUCUCUGCAGGAAAAAUAAAAAUGACUUCAAGGCUGACACCAUGAUGAACCUACCACAGAGAGCCAAACCAGUCCAAGGUUUUGACUAUGCCAAGCAACAUUUAGGCCAACAGGGAGCUGAAGAUGAGGUUUUGCCUGUAACCCAGGAGACUGUAGUAUUGCCACUUCCUGUGAGAGAUCCUGCAUCCCAAGAGAGGGAAAUUGUCCAGGAUGGGACCACAGCUAAAACAGCUAAGUCCAAUGAUACAAGAAAGAGCAGGUCGCCCAGUGAGAAUGGUUCUGUCAUCAGCAACAAAUCAGGAAAGCCCAAUUCAGGCAGAGGCUCUCCGCAGAAAGUAAUGGCACAGCAGAAAAUGACAAAAGAGGAGGGAAGAAAGAGAAAUGGUUUUAAUUCCUCAAAGAAAAUUGUGCCCAUAAGUGAUGAAGAAGAGGGAGACAUACUCUUUGACAGUGUUGCCAAGUCUUCCCUUGAUCCUUUUGACACAUCCUCUGGAUCCGUACAACUCAUUGCCAUAAAACCUGUAGCUUUGCCUCCUGUACAUCCAACAUCAGAUAGGAGUCAGGAAACUGCUAAUGGAGAGGUUAAUAAAGCCCUCAAGCAGAAGUCUGAUAUAGAGCACUAUCGCAACAAAUUACGCCUGAAAGCCAAACGGAAAGGGUAUUAUGAUUUUCCUCAAGUUGAUAACAACAAGGGACUGGUAGAGAGGAAAAAGAUGUAUGAAAAUGCACAAAAUGAAAUAGAUCAUAUUUUGGAUCCUGAUACAGAUGGAUCUUCCCCAUUUGUAGAACCCAAAAACAGGCAGCAGAUCAAGAACUCAGUUUACCGAAGCAGGCAGUCCUUAAACAGCCCUAGUCCAGGCGAAACAGAAAUGGAUCUUCUGGUUACCCGAGAGAGGCAAAGGCGUGGUAUUCGCAAUAGUGGAUAUGAUACUGAACCUGAAAUGAUAGAAGAAACAAAUGUUGACCGUGUUAAUGAGCCUCGAAAUUAUACUAGACCCCAUCAAGCAAAAGGCCAUUCAGAGACUUCAACUCUGAGUUCUCAACCAUCCAUUGAUGAAGUCAGACAACAGAUGCACAUGUUAUUGGAAGAAGCCUUUAGUCUGGCUUCAGCAGGCCAUGGAGGUCAAAGCAGACAACAAGACCCUUACAGUUCUACGCAGCACUUGCCGUAUGCGGAAGUUGUGACCAGUGCUCCUGGUACAAUAUCUCGACCCAGAGGGGGAAUACAGUGGGUACCUACAUAUAGGCCCGAGGUUUAUCAGUACAGUUUGCCAAGACCUGCUUACAGAUUUUCUCCACUCCCUGAAAUGGUGAUGGGUUCUCCACCUCCUCCUGUGCCUCCCAGAACAGGACCUGUUGCUAUCACCUCUCUUAGGAGGUCAACAUCUGAUAUUGGCAGCAAGACAAGAAUUUCAGAGUCCAGUGGGACUGAACAGAUACAGCCACAUGAUCAUGCCCCUUUUGUCCCAGUAUCAAGAGCCUCAGUAUCUGUGGCUCCAUUGGAUCAAUCAGCUUUGAAUUACUCAGGAAACACAGUUCCAGCAGUGUUUGCCAUCCCAGCAGCAAGCCGACCUGAGUUCACAGGCUAUUUCAUCCCAACACCACCUGCAGCAUACAGGAACCCCACCUGGAUGUCUUAUGCUGGAGAGAAUGAAUUACCAGGGCAAUGGGCUGACUCGGUCCCACUCCCUGGCUACAUAGAUGCUUAUUCCCGGCUAUGCUAUCAACACAACUUUCCUUCAAGGCUUCCUUGUCAAUACAGCCAGCCAUCAAAUAUGCAUUCCAGCUUAGAACAUGCCACCCUGCCUUCCACUACUGCUUCUCAUCAAAGCCUAUCAGAAAAUGACCCAUCUGACAGUCCUAUCACCAACCUUUCUACGGCUGCUCUGGUGAAGGCAAUAAGAGAGGAAGUUGCUAAGCUAGCCAAGAAACAGACAGACAUGUUCGAGUAUCAGGUCUGAUGGCUUCUUGUGCUGAGUGUUUGUAACACACGCUUUGCAAACCGUUAGCUUUCAGAUCAGCUUUGUCAUGAUGGUGUGUGCCAAAAUGAUGCAAUUUUUUCCAUGUUCUGAAACAGUCAAUUCUGAAUUCUUGUGAAAUGAAAGAAAAUAGAACCAUCAAUCUGAAAAACAGCUAUCUGCCAACUAAGAAAGGUAUUCCUGAGCAACUCCUUGUUCAAUAUUGAUAUAUCAUAUUUAUGGUAUGGAACUGACCGUCACAUACUUCCUUGUUCUCUGAAGCCUUUGUUGUUGAAAAGAUUACUGAACCAUAGAAUGUUCUGUCUAAUGUUUCAAAAUAUGAAGAGCUUGGGAAGCACAAUAUAGAUCAUGCUGAAUCAAGUUGUGCAUGUAAAAAGUAAAUCUCAUUCUGGAUCAAGAAAAAAUAGUAAUGUCAUAAAAAUAAGAGCCACAUAAUCAUAUUUUAGUAGUCAAAAUUGUUGCAGUUGGGAAGGGCUGUAAGACAGAUUGCAGCAAAGCAAUAGAGCUCAAUCGUUGCUGCCUAGAAGCCACAUUUGAUCAGGAAGAAUCUGAUGUGAAUGAGCCUUGUGGAGUCCUUUGUAAAUAUCCCUAACUCAUCAUCAUUGUUCAUAAUCUGAAAGCCAGAAGAAAGAACUGUGGAGAGGCAUACUAGCAUAAUUGAUAUCUGAAGUGCUGGUUUAAUGUUACUGGUGAGUUACACAGGAGUGUUUUCAAUACUUUGUUUCUUCACUGCAAAAUAGUAAAGAAAACUGAUGAAGUAAAUUGGUGUUUAAAACUUCCCAAAACUGACCAGUGAAAACAUUCUAUGAGUGUCCUACAUUCAAAAGGCUUUCAUUCUGAACACAUGGUAAUCCUAGCAAAUUUGAGAACCUGCUCCGCAUGGAAUACUGAAUGCACCUGCUUUUACAAGAAAACCUCUGUUUGACAUAGACUGCAGCCCUUUCUCUCUUAUAAACAAUGACAUCUAGUUAAAGGGAUACCAGAAACAGCUAACCAGAGCUGUGACUUAACUUGGAUUACAUCGGAACAAAAACUACACAAGGAAAUCUUUAAGAAACCAUCAUAUCUCGAUGUGUUGGACUACAACCUGAUUAUUAUAUUAAAGUGCAAAUACGUAAACACCUGUGUGAAUUAAACCAAAUAGUACUUUGUUUAAAAAGGUUAGGGGUAGUAUUUUUUUAAACCCAUAGCUGUAGAUUCUGAAAGAUACAUGUCAUUCCUUGUUCCAAUACAUUAUCAUGCAAAUACAACCUUUGUUAAAGAAAACAAUACCAGAAUGAGCCUCUGUGCUCACUCACUCAUCAUUGAUGGAGAGCUGCAGAAACCAAUCUUCAUAAUGUAACUUUAGAAGGAACUGAAUUUGUUUGAGUUACACCAUUUGGUUAUAUCAGUAUCCAUUGGAGUACAAGGUUAUAUGCCCAUUAUUCAAUUUAUUUAUUUUACCAACUUGGUAUAGCUUUGUGAUUUCAUUUUCUUUCACGCGUUUCUUUGGCCUUUAUCGACAAAGUCAAGGAGGAACCACAGUGAAUCUUCUAGCCACAACACCAGCUUGAAUAGGUUGAGAAGCAGAACACUGAACCAGGAAACUAAGCAUUGUUAAAGCACAGAAUUUUCAAAGCAACACUAUUUUAAAAAUAUUGAAAACCUCGUUCCCAAGGCUACUACUUAACCAUCAUGGUAUAAUUGUUUAUUCAUUACUUAAGUAGACCACAUAUAAAUAAAAUGUAUUUUUCUAAUUUCUAUGUAAAUAUGUUUCUAGAAAUGAUUUAUCUGCUGAGAAUAAUAAAUGCCCUUAAAAUAGAAAAGAAAUAAGCAAUAUGGUCGAAGUCUCUAUAUAAAUAGGUAGUGAGACUUAACUCAAAUCUCCCAUAAAAAUGAGUCUAAUAAAACAGUCAACCAAUUCAUGCUAAUUGUACCAUCAUGAUGCAAUAUAUUCACAAUUUAAUGUUUUUGGUUGCUGUCUGUUUUGGUAUUUUGUCUUUGACAAUAUAGAAAGGUUUGUGAGAGAGCUUAAUGGGAUUUGCUGCCACUUAAAUCUUCUUGGGCUUUGUUCAAGCUUGUCCAUCUAUAGUCAUCUGAAACAGAUGAAUAAUCAGAGCUGGCAGUUGUAAAGAACAGAUGGAAAGAGAUGAGCAAGCUUUUGAUAUGACCACUAACACUGCCAAAAGAAUGAGACUCCUUUGUUUCACCUGGGCGUGAUGGCGCUGGGUAGCAGCACAAUGAACAAAAGUGUCCUGGAUCCUGUCUGUGCAUGGUCCCCUAUAACUAGAGAUGAAUGCUGCAUACAAUAGUCAAUAUUAAGUUAAUAUAUUUCAGUUAAAUGGAACUAAAUUCAUUUAUGAUGACUCCUAUUUUUUGAGAAUAAUGCCAUUUCAUUAUAAUCAAAUAUAAAAUUAUGUGUAAAAUAUAAGUAAUUGAUGUAACUUUCAGAUUUAUCUAGUUAAGAAUGUAAAUUGUCUCUUUUAAAUAACAUUUUUAAUAAGUCACAGAUCAUAUUAGCCUGUAGAAGGAUUACUACAUUUCAGGAUUGUAAGAAGUUUAAUUAGAUACCUCAUCCUUGAAUGUCUAAUGCCUAUCAUUAUAGCAGUAGUUUGUCCCCAGAAUAAACUAAGGGAUUUUGCAUUUGAGGCAUGCCUCCCCAUUUUUGCAUUAAAAUAUAAGUUUGUGAAUUAUGUGGUAGUUCAAACCUGGGACUACCAGAACUUAGUCUGAAUCUUUAACCAUAACACCACACAGGCUUUCAUGGGGUGGCUGCUGUUGAACAGCAGCAAGCAGUCAGUCUUGAGGGAGUCAUGCAAGUUGAGAAGUAUCAAGGCACUGUGAUUUCUGAAGGAAUCCUCAUCCAUGAGACGAGAUCCUACCAGCUUUCACUUGGUAGAAGAGGGAGAAUCUUGUCUAAUUUCCCCAAUGCACUGACCUAUGACAUACGAUUUUUGUGGGGAGGGAAAGUCAAAAGAGAUAGUUGGUAGAAGUGAAGAUGGAGAAUGAUCCACUCUUAUCAGUUGGUAGGAAUCAACCCAUUUUUAGGAGUUGACUUCAUUUUCAGUACUUAGAUCACAUUCAUAAACGUUUUAGAAGACUGAGAUACAGGGAUGGUGAUGAUUUUGAUUUAUUCUCCACCCUUUGCAAUAGUCUCAGGGUGGGUUACAAUAAAAAAUGAAUUGAAUUGAAUUAUCAAAUGGCUUUUGAAAAUACAGAAAAUAAAUAAUUUCUACUUAAUGAACAGAUCCCCAUACUGAGCCUUGCAUCAUUAAGGUCCAUUAAUUUCAUUAGGACUUAAACUGCACAUAAUUAUGUUAGGGUUUUGGGUCCAUAAUUUGCUCAUAAGGGAAAUGACUAAUGACACAUCAUUUCUCUAGAUGAACAGAAUCUACAUACUUUAAGUAUUAGUUUCUGUUGAAAAGAUGUCUAAUCCAUGGCUUUAUAAAAAUGUUUCCUGAGGUUCAUUGAUUGAUGAAGUUAUAUUAAUCUACCAAUUCAAUAAGUAAACAAUUAUGUUGGUAAGAAAUGUGUGCAAUGUAGAGGAAUCAUAGGCUACUUGUUUUACUUAAGGGGGCAUUUCUGGAAAUAUGAAUUAUGUUCUAGCAUAUAGUAUCCAUGAGCACAAUGCAUUUAUGAAGUGAAAAUAUGGUGUAUAAAUUUGGCAUAUAUUAAAUAUUUUUUUGAUA